AUGCAAGAUUACGAUUAAGGCUCAAGUAUUCCUUACAACACCCCUUUUGUAGAGUACUGGAAUAAAAACAGAAGUUACACUAAUAUCAAAGCUCCAACUAUCUUUUCUAAGGACCCUCAAAAAUAUUUGGAGAAACAGAGACUGACAGACAACACAAUGAGACGAUUCGAUGAGAUAAUCUAAAAUACAAUGAGAGACAAUAACAGUGCACUCUACUAUAGCAUGAAGGAAUUCAUGGUGAGUCAUAAUAUGAAUCAGGUGGAGUUUGAUUCUCAAGUACCUACCUGUCUUGUAAUCACAAGUUCUGAGAGCGCAUCGAGUAUAGAUACUUAGUUCACUACUCUUUGUGAGGAACUCAAGGGAUCAACGAAAGCUGUGAAUCUAGUAUUAGACGAGAAAAAAUGCGGGAACAUGAAAAGCACAAUCGAUCACAUAUAGAAUAAACUUAAAUAAGCUCUUGGUUUAAUUGACAAGGAAAAUGGAUAAGGGAACAAUGGCUCAGACACAGAAAAUUUUCAGCCAAUCAAGAUGAAAAUAGAAAUGAUUAAUUACAGCGAGGAGAGUAAUGAUGAAGAUUUAGAUGAGGAUUUCCCACUAAAUCCGCCUGUCUAAUAAUCAUCAGCACCUGAUUAGUCUGUAGAUCAUGUCUCAAGUAUAAGAGGAAGUCACCUGAACUAUUCAAUGGCAGAUUAGAGUGUUGAUUCAAUUGCUCUUAAUCAUAGUGUAAAUGGCUAGAAACCAGAUCAAGAGAUGGAAAUGGUUUAUAAAAUGUCAGAGCUUAAAGUUGAACCUAUUGAAACUUAGAAUAGCAAGCAACUCAAAAUUGACCCAUCAAUUGAAUUAAGGAAGGGCAAGACAAGAUCUUAAAAUAAGAAAGCUCUGCAAUAAGAUGAAAUCUACAAGAUUUAAGAUAAGGAAGAGCAAGACAAUCUAAGAGAUUUCUAGGAGUUUUCUUAGACCAACGACAUUAUUCUCAAGGAAUCCUUUUUUGGAAUUUACAACAUUUUAAGAACCACCAAGAAAGUAGACCGAAACUCACCAAUAAUCUUAAUCAUCAAAAAUAUCAAAACCUUCCCUCACAAUAUACUUAAUGAUCUUAUCCAUCUGAUGAAAAAGUACAGGUCUAUCCCCUACUCAAUGAAGCUUAACUUAAUGCUAGGUGUCUAGAACAAUAAUAAGGAUGAGUUUCACAUGAGAGUAAAGAUUUAGAACUGCGUCAAGAUGACAGUUAAAACAUUCUACUUUCCUUGUAUGAAGAACAUUAUAUUUGAGGUGAUAUACAAGCUAAUCCUAAGUGACUAGUUCAUAUUUACCUAUGAUGUUGAAGUCAUUUAAAAUCUAGUUGAGAUUAUUAAUGUCUACGGAAUGUCUGUAAUGAAAUUCAAGAGAAUAUUGAAAUACUUGAUGGCUGAAUUCUUUCUGAGACAUGAAUUGUUCUUUAUUCAUGAUGUGCAGAUAGGAUUGCUUAGUGAGAAAAACUUUUAGGACACUAGAAUGGCACUUAGCUAGAAGUUGAAGCAGGGAAUCGAUAGAUUUUAUUCGAAUCACAAUGAACUUAUGAAAAUGUCAGAGUAGAUUGAAUUACCAAAUAUUAUGCUAGCUGAACAGCCAGUUAAUACACUUGUCUUAGAAAUAGUUAAUUAAACCUAGUCUUUCUCAAAAUCAAAAAGAAAGUGGUUAAAGGCCUAUGAAGUCAUUUAAGAUUUAGUUGAGAGCAUUUAAGACUUCACCUCAAAUAAGGAAAGAAACAUUUUCAAAUAUCAGUUCCUUAUGAAUUUCUUGACUAAGGGAAACUAAGAGUAAAGAAUAGGCUUUUUGAAAUAGUAACUUGAUUUCAUAUCUAACCACAAAGAAUAUGUCACUAAUAACCUAAUCAAAGUUCUUUAAGGCAGACACGAUUUAAACAAGUCUUCAAAGUUUAGACAAAUUGAGUUGCUAGAGAUUGAGGAUAGGCUAAGCGGAAUUUACACCUUGAAUAGAAUCCAAAAUAAUGAAGCACAGACAAACAGUCAAAUGACCAAAAUGUAGCUGACAAGUAAGAUGUCCAAUAACAGAAAAGAAAUGCUGCUUAACAAUAAACAAAAGCAAAUUACUGUUACUGAAAACUACAACUUUGAUUAAAAUAUAACUGAAAAUAGUUUAACUGAGUAACAAAGAUAAAUUUUAAGUUAGAAAUACGCACCUAAAUCAGAAACUGACUAUAAGACUUUGCUCUAUGAUUGGAUUUAAGGAUUCAUAAAUAAGUACCUUGCCUAUAAUUAGAAUCUAACUCAACUUCAAAAGCAUUUAUUCUUUGUUGGCUGGAAUAAAGCCACUUAAACUCUUAAUCCAGAUAUAACUGGAAACAUGACUAAGGCUAUUAUUGAUUCAGGUAAAAUUCUUAAAUGCUAAUGCUGCACUUAAAAUGUUCAAAUGUCUGCAAAACUUCAUAAAGAUGCAAGCAACUUAGAGGACUUCAUUUUACCAACUUAGGAAAAUAUGACUAUAAUUAUGGAGCUGUAUAAAUACUUUGGUAAGGAGUUCAACAUUGUGAUUACUUAUGAGUUAUUCAAAAAGAUAAAUUUGAAAAUAACUGAGGGUAAGAAUCAUCCUAAAUACUCACAAGCAGACAUUAGAAAAAUGUUCUUAGUAGCUUUGCAAAAUCUAAAGUUCAUGGGAUUCUUUAGUCCUACCAAGCAAAGUAUAUUCUUAUUUAAAAAGAAUUUCUAUGGCAAAGCCUCUAUAGCUGCCACAACAUCUAAAAAUGAUGAAAAUGAUAAGAAUGCAGAGAAUAUCAUAAAAACUGGAGGCAAUAAGGGUAGAAGCUGA